GCCCGUAGAGAAGCUAGAACACGUGCAGACACUUCCAGAGAAGCGAAGACGUAAGCUCUCAAACAAGUAACUAAAAGAAACUCUGAGCCUUGCUCUCCAUGCGGCGCGGUGGACCAAGCGCGGCCCUUGCAGCUUGCCCUAAGAGAUGGACGUGUCAGAAGUCAACAGACCUGGAUGACAGGUAUUGCGUCUCGAUAGUCAGGAGUCAGUAGUCUACGAUACGGACAGAGACUUCUGAAUGCUGAAAUCUCUGAAAUCCGAAAUCUCUAAAUCAGUCAAUCUCGCUGAUAGUGAGCCAAGCCGCGAUCUUCAACCUCAAACACACCAGCACAGCAGAUUCCGGUUUUCAUUCAUGUUUUUUUUUGUUUUUUAUUUUACUUUAAACGUCCGGCUCCUCCACUUCUCGAACAGGCCAAUGGGAGAAUUUCCCCGCCGGCCGUUCCUCCAGAUGGACGCUGCCUCCCUGCAGAUCCAUCGCGUCCUUGCUGGCCCACGCCUGGCCCCGAUCGCCUCGGAAUGGGGGUUUCAGAUAACGAGAGCGUUGCGAGGGUUCGUCAUGCACGCUCUCCUUUUGAGCCCGAUGUCCUUGAUGGCCUUUGUGUCCUUCAUACUCAGGGGUCUGGUACGAGGGGGCCAGAUUCCGCGACCAAGGAAAGCUGCAGUCCCAGUAGCAUUUCCAUUCGAUCAUUCAUUGCUAGAUCAGCAUCACUGAUCAGCGUUGGGUUGCAUUUAUUCCUGUGCGACUGCCUCCGCCACCAACUUGCAUAAGAGGGCCAGCCGUUGUGCUGCAGGAACCAGCAGUCGCAGUCUGAAACAGCCAUCUCUCUGUGGCUGGCCUCCCUUCAAGCUUGUGCAUCGUUUAUGCAGGAAAAGCCGGUGCAA